CAGCCUCUGCCAGAUACAGCCCUCUGGAUUCUGUGUAGCUUUUCCACCACAGCUGACCAGAAGCCAUACAAAUCUUCUAGUACCACCCACCUGCUCCUCUUCGGAACCGAUGGAGUCUAGAAAUACUUCUGGGACCAAUGCUGUCAGUGCCUUCCGAGAACAGGUCCAGCUUCUCACCAAUGAAAAUGUUCAACUGCAAGACCGUAAUGAGAGGCUGUAUGCCCAACUCGGAGAGCUGCAGGAGAAGACAGGGCAGCUGGCUGGAUCAAAGACUGCCUUGUCAUCAAGGCUGAUCCACAGCGAAGAGGAGAAACUGAAGAUUUCCAAGGACCUGGUUGAUUUCCAGAUUGAGAGCAAUAAGAUGAGAGAGCAAUACGAAGAAGAAUGUUUCGAGCUGAGGAACAUGAUCCUGGCCUUGGAGAAUCGUGUUUUGGAAGUCGAACUCCAUGAUGAGAAGACCACCGGGGAGCGGGAUGCCUUGCGGGAACGGCUGCGUGCCUUAGAGGAGAAUCGUAAGGAGCUGGCGGAUGAAUACCUGGUUCUGAAGAGCAACUAUCUGGCACUGAGCAAGGAGCACGAACAGGAGGUCACCAAGAAUGAAGAGUUGAGCCUAGAGUUACUCAAUCUGGCCAAUGCAAGGAGUUUUCAUCCCCGUGGGCUGAACAGCCCCGAGACCCAAGGCCAACCCGCCGAGCCUUCUGCCGAACUGGAACGGGUGCGUGCUUUGGUGCACCGUCUCUCUGCCCGCAAAGUGAAGCCAGAAGAUGUGGUUGCUUCGGAACAUGAACGCCGGAAACUGGAGAAAUCGCUGUUUGGAAAUCAGGAUCACAUCACCACAGAGAUGGAAAAGAUGAAGGAAAUGUACAGUUCCCAGCAACGGAAACUGGAGGAGAGAAUGGUGGUCAUGGGCAAAGAGCUGCAGGAAGCCAAGAAAGCGAUUCGGAACACGCAGCACAAGUUGGCGGAACAGUCGGCGGUUGUCCUCACCUCCCAAAGCCAGCUCCAAGAAGUUGAGGCUGAGAAUUCCCGGCUCCAAACACAGCUGAAGGAGUUGAAUGAAGAGUACCGCUCUCGGCUUGUGCAGUAUAUCGCAGAUCUGGCGGCAUACGUCGAUAAUAAGUCCGUGGAGAAGGCAGGGGCUGGUAAAGUGCCCUCGGAAGCAGCUCAUAUGAAGCGUUUUGUGGACAGCAUGCUGAAGGACAUCCGGGCUUCCCAUCGGUCUCGUGAGGAGCAACUGGCUGGAGCCGCGCGGGGCUACAAGAAGCGCCUGCAGAACCUGGUCAGGACGCACGAGAACCUGUUGAUCGCAUACAGGAUGCAGCGUGAACAGAUCCGAUUGCUGGGCAGUAAUGAAAUGGACCCCGGCCCUCCAGAAUACCACCUCGCCAUUACGGACGCUGAGCUGUUGACCAGCACCUCUCAAGAGCUGAACCGGCUGCGGGAAGAUAAAGCCAGACUGGAAGCUGAGCUGCAUGAACUACAGAUGAAGGUCAAGUUCAGUGAAAACAGCGCCAGGACUUCACCUCCCCACACACUGAACGAGGAAAGCUGGGCAGAGCUCAGGAAACAACUUCGAGAAUUCACACACACCGUACAGGAAGAUCUGGAGAAAGAGAGGAGCCAGCUGCUGGCACGGGCACUGGUAGCAGAAGAGCAGGUGGCUGAACUGCACGAGUACGUGGAUAAGCACCUUGUGAGAUACAAGCAAGAGAUUGUGCGGCUGAGGAAGCUCCUGGGAACAGACGGGCCCCGAGCCUUGAGUGCCGGAGCUCCCAACACUCCACCAAUCUUGAAACCCAGGAGGAAUGUGAGCAACGAAAUGUAGCAUCAGAAAGCUUUGGAAAGGGGCAGCCAAGAGGAUCCAUCAAGAGGACAGGGAGCUUUUGCCAGCCAGUUAGAGCUGUUCCUCUAAGGAGUUCAGGACGCUGUUCAGCCACCACCGCCCAUUUAAUCUUCACAACAGCCCUGUAAGGGAGGUUAGGUUGAGAAAUCAUGAUUGGACCAAGAUCACCUGGUGAGCUUCAUGGGUGAGUAGGGGUUUGAACCUGGGUCUUCCUAGCAUAAGGAGAGUGUCCUGUACCUCACAAUCAGCCCUUGAGCUCCACAUUCAAGCAGUUUUCUGACCUGCCGUUUGUAUCUCCUCCUCCACGCAACUUACUAACAACUCAUUUGCUUCUGAAGUGUAGUCCCUUGCAGCGGAUUCCAGUGCAGUGUUUUGCUAUUUGCCGGGUAAUCGUUAAAAGCCAUCUUGCCCGUGCCACGUGUGGUUUCAGUGGCUUGCACUGUGUAUCAGUAUUUUGUGGGACCAAUAUGGUUUUAAAAAAUAAGAGACAUGCAGCGCGAUCCAUCUGUUAUCUCAUUCUCAACCUGUCAAUUGCACAUCACAAAGGAUAUGCAGCAAAAUUACCUGGGGAGGGGCUGAACUUGGGUGGCUCCAGAUCCAAGAAACGGAAGGUAAGUCAAAGAAGGAAGACUGAUAAUACCGCCCUGCUGCUAUGGCAACAUAGGUACCCCACCCAUCAGAUUGAAUGAACAACUGGGAGUGCCUCUACCCACAUGCUCCUUGCACCUAGAAUACUAGCUUCUCAGGCAUAAAGAUUCUAGCCAUAUCCAUGCUGAUUUUCUGUAUGCAAGGAUGAUCUUUUUGUACAAAGGAUUAAGUGACACCUCCCCCCCGCCACAGUCUGAAAUGGGAGAGGCCACACAGAGAGGUACCAUUUCAGUGACAAACAAAGCUUCCCAUGGCACCACCUGUUCUGGGAAAGCUCAAUCCAAAUAAAUUUAAACAAAAGACGUGCAUUAAAACUAAGUAAGCCUGCCAUAUUGUUUGGCAAAGGCUCAAAGGAAUCUCAAGAAUCGGUUUUGUCCGCUGGUCAGGAUUCAGAUCGGGAGAAACUCAGAUCAUGUGAUUUUUGCCUGCCAAAUCAUGAUAUUUCUCUGCUCCCUUUGCAAUUGGCACUUCGUGGUGUUUUGGGCUGACAAAGUCAUAGGCAAAGUAGCGUCCAUCUGCUUUGGUCUUCAGUUCUCAUACCGAGCUUCCUUCUGGACUGUCCUGCUGGGCUUGCCGUACAGCCUUGAUGUCAUAGGCCCAGGCUCGGUUCAGUCCAUGCCCAGUCAUGUGUGUGGGCAUCCAGUUGGGGAGUGGGAAGCGCCCGGCUACCACUCGGGCCUCAUCUGGAAGUUCUGUGAGCAGCUUUCUUUCUAGAAGCUGCAGCUGGGGGCAGGGGGAGGGGGGAUGAAAGAAGGUUUGUUAUUCAGGUUGUGUCUUUUGCACUCCUUUGUUUCAAAACUUUUGGAUCUCCUAACAGUCAUCAUUUUUAGUACCACAUGUAAAAACACUGAGCUCUGUAAACAAUGUCAAAAAUAAAGCAGGCCCUGCCUGAAGGGC